UAACACAAAAACAACAACAACAUUAUAACCAAACGACCACAUGUACAAUUUCGUGCCCAAGUAGUCCUUGAGAUUUGAUUAUCACUCGGUGGAGCAAAGAGCUUCCGUUCAUUCCACCGUGACGGCGUCUUGUCGCUAAGCUCUCUCGCAAGAUCUGUUGUUGUAGUUUGCCUUUUGUGUUUGACGUUCCAUGGUUGUUGACCCAUUUUUGUUGACUAUUCUUCUCGGAACGUAUUCGUAUCAUGCAUUGAUUUAUACUUUGCCAUAAAAGUGUUGGAUUUGAGAGAUUUUCAGCAAUUUUCAACAUCGGGACAUGUCAAAUAAUUGAGUUAUUGAGACAUAUAAAAAAGUUUGCAUAUUCAAUCCGCGCAGCGGCGGGGGAGGAAGAACCGACUUACCGGUACGUAUUGCUGUACGGUACUCACUGGCGUUUCAGGGUUUGGAAGAAGCUGUCAAUUUAUUACUAGAAUCAAGUCGCUCUGGGCUGGAUAAAUCUGUAAAUUGCCCUGUCUGCCUGUUGACAGUUCUGCUUACAGUCACACGGCUACACAUUUAACAGCAUCAUCUAGUCAAGAUAAAUCCAUAAAACUAAAAAAUGCUGGAUCUUGGCCAUGAAAUAGCUGCUCUUGAAGAAGACAUGCAAGAGUUUAACUUGGAAAAGACCGUUAAACAAGGUUUAAAAACGCCAGAAGAGUUGGACAAAUUGACGGUUGAUGAAUCGUUGAAUGACAUUGACAGAGCAGCUUAUCUUCUCAGCACCGGACAAGAGGUACAGUUGGUCAGUGUUAUCAAAAAUAUACCUCAUCUGUUACGUCAUCAUCAAGCAGAAUGUUUACGAAGAGUUUUACCAAAAGUCAAGGAACUUCUGCUUACAGCUGGUAGUGAAGUACAAAUGGCAGCAACAGAAUCCUAUCUUACAAUUGCGAAAAACGAUCUUGUAAAUUCCUCCUUGUAUACUCAACAUUUUUUACGAACGAUCAUUUCUAAUAUAGAAGGACGAGAUCCAGUGAUCGCUCAAGCAUGGCUUGAAACUCUUCUCUCUGUUAUUCUUUGCCUGCCAAGAGAAACAAUCAAGCGCGAAAUUCUUGGACUUGCUAUAGCGAAAGGACAACUUUCUCAGCCUACGUCAUCAAGAAUAACAUGUUGCUCCAUUUUAGGAGCAAUCGCAACUAAGUUUGAUUCAUACAUUGUGAAAAAAGAUAUCAUACACAGCGUUAAGCAAUUAUGUCAAGAUGUGGAUUACGAAGUUCGAGCAAGUAUGUGUAAACAUCUAUGCAGAAUCGCUCAAGGCUUAGGACGAGAAGAAACAAAGAAAUGUAUUUUGGACGAAGUUAUAGAACUCGCAAGAGAUGAGGAAACAUCAGUCAGAGAAGCAGCUUUUGAAUCAGUUCUUGAUAUGACACAAUACAUAGAUGAUGAAUCUCUGGCAGAUAAUGUGGUUCCACUUAUGUGCAAAUAUUGUGAGCAAGCUGUUGAAAACGAAGAUUCUACUUUGUUAUCCGUCAGUAAACAUUUUGGAAGAUUAUGUCACAAGAUUUCACAUGCUUUCAAUCAAGAACAAAGAACGUGGAUGUUAUCAUGCUAUAGAUACUUAUGUAAACUUGGAUAUACUUCAGAUAAUGCCAAUGAAAAUAAUUUCUCAGGUAUAGAUUCGAAUGAAGAUAAUGAAAUUGUACCAGACACCAGCGCUCCCAUUAUUCCUGUACAGAAAGCAAGAUUUGAAACUUUUCAUGGAUUUCUCAAAACAUCAUCAUCUGCACUGACUAUUUCGCCUACGAAACAAGCGAUGUAUGUGGAAUGCAGAAGAGGAUGUGCUUUCAAUCUGCCAGCAAUGGUUCAAUUUGCUGGUCCUGAUGAUUUUAAAAAGGAAUUACUCGACAGCACAACAAUAAUGUGUACAGAUCCUGAUAAUUCUGUCAGAAAAAGUUUAGCUUCUGGAAUACAUGAGAUUGCUCGAAUAUUGGAUGAACAUGCAUUUUUAUUACACGGACAUCUGGUUUCAUUACUUCGUGAAAGACACAGCUCAGCAGUUAUGGAUUCCGUUAUUAGCAACCUAUCCAGAACCAUGUUCUGUGUGAUGUCAAGAGGUUCUUACGGCCUCUCAGAUAUAAAGCCUACAGCAACAUCAGAAUUAAUUGCAGCGUUAUUGUCUGCAAUAUCAAGACUUGAACAACAGUGGGUCAGUUCAUGGAGGACGUUAGAAAACCUUGUUGUACAUUUGCAACAUCUACCAGACAUUAUAUCAUCAGAUCAUAUUUAUUAUAAGUUUGUUCCAGUGGUUUUUAAACUGAUAAAUUCAAACAGAUAUCUUCCUGUGAAAGAAGCUUCUGUAAAAACAAUUUGCGUUUUUAUUCGACAUAAUCGAAAACAAGAACAGAAGAAAGAAUUGUGUGCUCGUCUUAUUCAAGAUCUUUGUUACGGUCGCAACUACAAAAGCAGAAUUUUAUUUUUCUCUGCUUGUCGUCACAUGAUGGCGCUGUUUUCCAAAUCGUAUUUCAAAGAAAAUUUAUUCGAGCAUGUUCUCAACUUAUUUCAUGAUCCUGUUGCCAACGUCAGAUUGAGUCUUUGCAGUAUAUUACCAAGUUUGAAAUCUCUUCUGAAAUUGCCGAGAGAUCGAGCAUUACAUCAGCAACUUGAAUCAAGCGUUCGCCAUCUGUUGUCGUCAGAAAAAGAUAGAGACGUCAGUAGUUCAGUGAGAUUUGCAAUACUAGAACUCGAUCGGACUGAAGUCGCCAUGGAGUCGCUUACACAAGGAACAUUUAUGGCCGAUGAUCUUCAUGAUCAAAAGAAGGAAGAAGAAGAAAGAUUGUUGAUUGAAAGAGAAGAAAGAUCUAAAGAUGAUGACAGAUCUCUCAAAAAUAUGGACAGUAGCUUCAAUUCCUCAGUUGGCAAGGAAGGAUCAACCAAUUCAUGGCCAGAUAAAUCGAAUCGACAUCGUAAACAACGUCGAGCUUCGAAAAAUUCUUUAGCAGCUGGUUCAUCCUCAGCUAACACUCCAACUUCAAACCAUAAAGUAAAUGGCACUCGACAUAAAAGCACUCAUCAUCUAGUAGGCACUCAGCAGACUCCCGUGUUCUUACACCAGAAAGAUGGACUUCCAAGCAGUACAGCGGUCCAGUAUAGUGGCUUACCAUCUGGGACAUCACAUUCACCGAUACCAGCAAAACGUCCAAGUAAAUUUCCUCCUCCGUCCAGUACUCUGACAAGUGUGUCAAAUUCCACCUCAUCACCAUAUGCAGCAUUUGUCAACUCCUCACAAUCAUUGUCCGAUUCGAAAUUGAACGCCGUGUCAGGAGGAUCAAGUAAUCAUUCAAGGUCAGACACAACGUUCUCACACAAACCUGACAGAAUUCGAUCUCCUCACUCAAGUGUGUUACUCUCUCAUCGGACAUCAAGUACUCAUGCCAACGAAACAAAGACGAGAAAAGGUACAAACAAUGUGGUAACUUCAGGAAGUUCACUUUCAAAAUCAAAUUCCAGGAGUUCUAGACAAACUACUGGAACUGGGAAAUCUGACACCAAGAAAAAAACACAGAACAGCACUACAAGGAAAAAAUCUGACAGAAGUGAUCUCGCCCGAUAGUUUAUCACACAACUAGGCUCUAUGCACAAUGUCUUCCAAGAUUCUCAACAGUGAACCACCACGUGCCAAUGUUCAGAUUCUAUAUACAACAAGAGUAUGUUUGCCAAACAUAAUACAUCGAUAAAUCAAGAAUUAUCUGUGGCAUGUGAUUGAUUAAAUAUAAUCAACUAUGCAUCAAAACAGUGGCAAAAAGGCGCUCGGAAGUAUUUGUCCCAAGAUGACGUACAACCUGAACAACCGUAACCUGGUACACAUACUAUGUUCAGGUUGUGCGCCAUCUUGGUAUGGAUACUUCCGAAGCACCGGCAAAAGAUAUUUGAUAUUAUUAUAUCUAAAGAGUUGCAAAAAUUCUUAUAACUUAAAUGCUAACAAGUAAUGAGCGCUACCUUGAAUUUCACUCCGUCCUGUUAUUCACAAACUUUCAAUCGCAGUUGGAUUCGGCAAUACCUCAGCUGUUUGUAACACAUUUGCCGUUCAGUUUUUUCUCCACUAGCUCAUAAACCUAACUCUUGCAGUAAUGUGAGGCUUAAAUAUCUUCUUGUCUUUAAAUCAGGGGUCAGCUAACUACAGAGCAAUAUAAUCUGGCCUGCGACACUUCACUGAAUUAUAUUAACAAAACAGUUAUAUUGACGAUUAUAUUCUUUAUGUGACAGAAUUUGUUUUGGGAAACUAAAUUAUAUUAUAACCUAACAAGUAUAUAAUUCACAAUCACUC